AUGGUUGACACAUCGUUCGAGAUUUAUGAGCUUGAAUAUUGGGCAAAAACGCAUUUCGUGAUCGAGAACAAACCAAACCGUAACUUUGAUCUCAAUUUCAGUCCUUCUGAGAAGAGGUUGAAAACUACCAACUUCGAAUAUCUCCAUUUACUGAAGCGAUUUGUGCUCUACUUCAUUUACGAGUUUUAUGUCUUUGAAGGAUCAGAUGCCGCCUACUACAAGCGUAAGCCAAUGGAGGACGAGAAGUCUGUGAUCAAGGCAUAUGAUCCGUAG